CAAAAAGUCCGCUGCUGGGGAAGGGAUUCUGGUGAAGAAAGCCUCGCAUUCACUCGCCUCAAUUGACAGUAAGCAUCAAGGAAACGAGAUCUCUCACAGUCCCGAACGAGUGUCUGUGUGUUGCUUUCAGACUCGGCUGUCUGAUGAUGCAGUCAUCAGCUGUAUUGCCGGCAUUCCUGUUGGGAUCUAUUCUGCUCUGCUGUGUCGAGAGGUCAGCCGCAUUCUCUCAUCUGCAGCUCCCGUCUUUGCCGCGGUCGCAUCGGCGGCCAUCCGUCAGUGUGGACUCAUCUCCCUCUCUCUCUCUAUCCCCGCCUGUCGGCUCGUCAAGCGUCCUCUUGCACAGGAGGCGGCCGACGGCACGGCGAACAUCGCUGCUGGCCUCCACCGAUUCUGCUGCUGAUGCUGCGACUGGCACCCUUGACAAGAGUCCUUUCUUCAUCACGACCCCGAUCUACUAUGUCAACGACGCGCCCCACAUCGGCCACGCCUACACGACCGUGGCCUGCGACGUCAUCGCUCGGUUCAUGCGGCUGGACGGGCGGGAGGUGUGCUUCCUGACAGGCACUGACGAGCACGGGCAGAAGGUGCAGGAGGCCGCCGACAGGGCGGGGAGGACGGCCAUCGAGUUCUGCGACGACGUGUCCGAGACCUUCCGGCAGCUGACCUACGACCGGCUCAACUGCACGGUGGACCGGUUCAUUCGGACGACAGAGGAGGGCCACAGGAAGGCGGUGCAGCACUUAUGGCGUGUGCUAGAGGAGAGGGGCCACAUCUAUCUGGGUGCCUAUGAGGGCUGGUACUCUGUCCGGGACGAGGCCUACUUCUCUGACAGCGAGCUGGUCGACGGCAAGGCGCCCACAGGGGCGGAGGUGAUCAAGGUGGUCAAGGAGCCCAGCUACUUCUUCCGGCUGUCCGAGUGGCAAGACGCGCUGCUGAGGUUCUAUGAGGAGAAUCCCGAUUUCCUUGGCCCGUGGUCGCGCAAGAACGAGGUCAUUUCGUUUGUCAAAGAGGGGCUGAGGGAUCUCUCCAUCUCACGCACAUCCUUCCAGGUAUGCCAUUCAAGCAGCACUGUGUCCAUUGCCUACGAAUCUCUCUCUCUCUGUCUCUCUCUCUCUGUGUGUGUGUGUGUGUGUGUGUGUUGUGUGCAGUGGGGCGUGCGUGUGCCCGAGAGCGAUGAACACGUUGUGUACGUGUGGCUCGACGCCCUGACUAACUACCUCACGGCCGUGGGCUACCCCGACACAGAGAGCGAGCCCUUUCGCAAGUACUGGCCCGCUUCGCUGCACGUGGUGGGCAAGGACAUCCUCCGCUUCCACGCCAUCAUGUGGCCGGCCUUUCUGUUGGCUGCCGGCAUUGAGCCGCCCAAGAGGGUCUUUGCCCACGGCUGGUGGACGAGGGACGGGCAGAAGAUCUCAAAGAGCGUCGGCAAUGUCAUCGAUCCCAUUCAGCUGGUCAGUGAGAAAGAGACAGAGGGAGGGAGGGGGGCGAAGGGAGCAACACAACGCACAUGCAUCUGUGUGUGUCUGUGUGUGUCUGUGUGUGUGUGUGCACAGGUUGAGCGAUAUGGUUUGGACGCCGUGCGGUACUUCAUGAUAUCCGAGGUGGCCUUCGGUCAGGACGGCGACUACUCCGACACGUCCAUGGCCAACGCCGCCAACACGCUCGCCAACGACCUCGGCAACCUGCUGCAGCGCACUCUCACGCUGGUCUACAAGAACUGCGACAAACAGAUCCCCCAGCCGCAGACCGACUUUACCGAGGACGAUCAGGCGCUGCUGUCGGCUGCCGAUGGGCUGCUGGAAGAGUGCCGGCGGUCCGUCGCGCUCACCCAGGGCCUGCACCACUACGCCGAGGCGCUCAUCAAGGUGGCCCGUCAGGCCAACAAGUACAUCGAAAGCCAGGCGCCCUGGCAGCUCAAAAAGACCGACGCCGCCCGCAUGACGACCGUCCUGUUUGUGCUGUGUGAGACGCUGCGGCGAGUGGCUGUCUUGUUCCAGCCGAUCAUCCCUCUGGCGGCCUCCCAGAUGCUCGACCAGCUGGGCGUCCCCACGGACGAGAGGGCCUUCGACAGUGUGGAGGAGGGCAGGCGUAAGAGCGGCGUGGCGAUUGACAAACCGUCGCCCGUCUUCCGAAAGAUGGAGAUUGAGACAGGGGACGAUGCGGCAAAGGCCGAUAAGGGCGGGAGGGAACAGACAAAGGCACAGAAGGAGACUCUGCCUGCCGUUGCGCUAUGAGUUAACGUAUGUCACACACAGAAGGAGACUGUGGCUGUGAGUUGAGACUUGAGAAUGGCUUGAGAAUGUGAGUGGAGCGUGGAUCAGUUGAUGACUAGAGCGAGAUGUGUCGUCAUUUUGUUGCGAUGCACUGCUCGUCGAUCAAUAAAGCAACGCGAG